AGGGUGAAGUGAAGAAGUGAAGCCUCCAAGUUGAACUACUAUGAGGUCAGAAGCCUUGCUGCUAUAUUUCACACUGCUACACUUUGCUGGGGCUGGUUUCCCAGAAGAUUCUGAGCCAAUCAGUAUUUCGCAUGGCAACUAUACAAGACAGUAUCCGGUGUUUGUGGGUCACAAACCAGGGCGAAACACCACGCAGAGGCACCGACUGGACAUCCAGCUCGUCAUGGUCAUGAACAGGACCCUUUACAUUGCUGCUAGGGACCAUAUUUAUACUGUUGAUAUGGACACAUCACAUACAGAAGAAAUUUAUUUUAGCAAAAAAUUGACAUGGAAAUCUAGACAAGCUGAUGUAGACACAUGCAGAAUGAAGGGAAAACAUAAGGAUGAAUGUCAUAAUUUUAUUAAGGUUCUCCUAAAAAGAAAUGAGGAUACACUGUUUAUCUGUGGAACAAAUGCAUUCAACCCUUCUUGCAGGAACUAUAAGAUGGACACACUGGAGUUCCUGGGAGAUGAAUUCAGUGGAAUGGCCAGGUGCCCCUAUGAUGCAAAGCAUGCCAACGUUGCGUUGUUUGCAGAGGGAAAGCUGUACUCCGCCACAGUGACCGACUUCCUUGCAAUAGAUGCAGUCAUAUACCGGAGCCUUGGAGACAGCCCAACUCUGCGGACAGUUAAACAUGACUCAAAGUGGUUGAAAGAACCGUACUUUGUCCAGGCAGUGGACUAUGGCAAUUACAUUUACUUCUUCUUCCGGGAAAUAGCAGUGGAGUACAACAGCAUGGGAAAGGUCGUUUUCCCAAGAGUGGCUCAGGUUUGUAAAAAUGACAUGGGAGGAUCUCAGAGAGUGCUGGAAAAACAGUGGACUUCCUUUCUCAAGGCUCGUUUGAACUGCUCAGUUCCUGGCGAUUCACACUUCUACUUUAACAUACUGCAGGCAGUUACAGAUGUUAUCCAUUUCAAUGGCCGAGAUGUUGUUUUAGCAACCUUCUCCACUCCAUAUAAUAGCAUCCCUGGUUCUGCAGUCUGUGCCUAUGACAUGCUUGACAUUGCCAAUGUAUUUACUGGGAGAUUCAAAGAACAAAAGUCUCCAGACUCGACAUGGACACCAGUUCCUGAUGAACGAGUGCCCAAGCCCAGGCCUGGUUACUGUGCUGGUUCUACAUCAUUAGAAAAAUAUGCAACCUCUAACGAGUUCCCAGAUGAUACUCUGAACUUCAUCAAAACACAUCCACUGAUGGACGAAGCUGUACCUUCCAUUGUCAAUCGACCCUGGUUCCUGAGAACGAUGGUCAGAUACCGCCUAACCAAAAUUGCUGUGGACUCUGCUGCUGGGCCGUAUCAGAACUACACCGUGGUUUUCUUGGGAUCAGAGAAGGGAAUCAUCCUGAAGUUCUUGGCGCGGACAGGAAACAGUGGUUUCCUAAAUGACAGCUUGUUCCUGGAGGAGAUGAACAUUUACAAUCCUGAAAAGUGCAGCUAUGACAGCAUGGAGGACAAGCGGAUCGUGGGCAUGCAGCUUGACAAGUCCAGCGGUGCCCUGUAUGUUGCCUUCUCCACCUGUGUCAUCAAGGUUCCCCUGGGACGUUGCGAGCGUCACGGCAAAUGCAAAAAGGCCUGCAUAGCAUCCAGAGACCCCUACUGCGGAUGGGUGAAGGAGAGCGGGGCAUGCACACAGCUGGUCCUUGGUUCCAAACUUGCAUUUGAACAGGACAUAGAACAUGGCAAUACAGAUGGCCUGGGUGACUGCCAAAAUUCCUUCGUAGCCCUGAAUGACAUUUCAACUGCUUCACCUGAUCAUGAAAUGUCUUACGACACGGUGUAUGGACACUCCAGUUCCCUAGUCCCAAGCACCACCACUUCCGACUCUCGCGCUCGACAGGGUUAUGAUGCUAGGGGACGCAUGCUGGAUUGGAAGGAUCCGCUUGGUUCAUCUGAAAAUACAGAUCCAUAUGUGGCAGUUUCAUCCCAUAAUCAUCAAGACAAGAAGGGAGUGAUUCGUGAGAGUUACCUGAAGGGUCAUGAUCAGCUGGUGCCCGUCACCCUGUUGGCCAUUGCUGUUAUUCUUGCUUUUGUCAUGGGGGCCGUCUUCUCGGGAAUCAUAGUGUACUGCAUCUGUGACCAUCGCCGCAGAGACGUGGCUGUUGUGCAGAGGAAGGAGAAGGAGCUGACCCACUCCCGCCGUGGCUCCAUGAGCAGCGUUACCAAGCUCAGUGGCCUCUUUGGGGAUGCUCAGUCCAAGGAGCCAAAGCCUGAAGCUAUCCUCACACCUCUGAUGCACAAUGGCAAGCUGGCUACCCCAGGCAGCACUGCUAAGAUGCUAAUCAAAGCUGACCAACACCAUCUGGACCUGGCUGCCCUGCCAACCCCUGAGUCCACCCCAACCCUGCAACAGAAGAGAAAGCCCAGCCGUGGCAGCAGGGAAUGGGAGAGAAACCAGAACCUCAUCAAUGCCUGCACAAAAGAUAUCCCCCCAAUGGCCUCGCCCGUGAUUCCAACCGACCUGCCGCUCAGGGCUUCUCCUAGCCACAUUCCCAGUGUUGUGGUCCUGCCCAUAGCCCAGCAAGGCUACCAGCAUGAAUAUGUUGACCAGCCAAAAAUGAGUGAUGGGGCUCAGAUGUCUGUGGAGGACCAGAAUGCCACCCUUGAGUACAAAACUAUCAAGGACCAUCUCAGUAGCAAAAGCCCCAGCCAUGGGGUUAACCUGGUGGAAAAUCUUGACAGCAUGCCACCAAAAGUACCCCAGCGGGAAGCUUCCCUUGGGCCUCCAAGCACCUCACUAUCGCAGAGUGCCCUGAGCAAGCGGCUGGAGAUGCACUCUUCUGCUUACAGCGUGGACUACAAAAGAAGCUACCCUACAAACUCGCUCACAAGAAGUCACCAGACAUCGACCCUCAAAAGAAACAACACUAACUCCUCUAACUCGUCCCACCUCUCCCGCAAUCAGAGCUUCGGCCGGGGCGACAACCCACCACCGGCCCCGCAGCGAGUGGACUCCAUACAAGUCCACGCUGCUCAGGCACAGGCUGUGACUGUAUCUCGGCAGCCGAGUCUCACCACCUACAACUCGCUGACGAGGUCAGGGUUGAAACGCACACCCUCACUAAAGCCAGACGUACCUCCCAAACCUUCCUUUGCUCCACUCUCCACGUCCAUGAAGCCCAACGAUGCUUGUACAUAA